AUGAAGAAUAGUUUUGUUUGCGUUUUAGGUGGAGCAGGUUUACGUGCAGCAUCACGUCUUGGUGAAGGUGGCUUACGAGUAGCUGUAAUAACGAAAUUAUUUCCAACAAGAUCACAUACUGUAGCUGCACAAGGAGGUAUUAAUGCAGCAAUUGGUAGUAUGAAUCCGGAUAAUUGGAAAUGGCAUUUUUAUGAUACUGUAAAAGGAAGUGAUUGGUUGGGUGAUCAAAAUGCAAUACAUUAUCUGACAAAAGAUGCUAUUCGAGCGGUAAUUGAACUUGAAAAUUAUGGAAUGCCAUUCUCGAGAACAGCUGAAGGGAAAAUUUAUCAACGUUCAUUUGGUGGGCAAAGUAAUAAUUAUGGCAAAGGUGGAGUUGCUAAGCGUACAUGCGCUGUAGCUGAUCGUACAGGUCAUUCGAUGCUUCAUACACUUUAUGGUGCAUCAUUACAAUUUCAUUGCAAUUAUUAUAUCGAAUUUUUUGCUCUUGAUCUUCUUAUGCAUGAAGGAAGAUGUAUUGGAGUGAUUGCAAUGAAUCUUGAAGAUGGAACAAUUCAUCGUUUUCGAGCACCAUUUACUGUAUUAGCAACAGGUGGAUUUGGUCGAGCAUACUUUAGUUGUACUACAGCACAUAGUACCACUGGUGAUGGUAAUGCAAUGGUAAUUCGUGCUGGUUUACAAACAACUGAUAUGGAAUUUAUCCAAUUUCAUCCAACUGGUAUUUAUGGUGUUGGUUGUCUGAUUACAGAAGGAUCACGAGGAGAAGGUGGUUAUUUAGUAAAUAAUAAAGGUGAACGAUUCAUGGCAAAAUAUGCUCCAAAAGCAUUAGAUUUAGCAUCUCGAGAUGUUGUAUCCAGAGCAAUGACCAUUGAAAUAAUCGAAGGUCGUGGAGUUGGUAAAGAAAAUGACCAUAUAUACUUGCAACUUCAUCAUAUUCCUGCGGAUCAUUUACAUAAUAAAUUACCAGGAAUAAUGGAAACGGCUAAAAUUUUUGCCGGUGUUGAUGCGACUAAAGAGCCAAUACCUGUAAUUCCAACAGUUCAUUAUAAUAUGGGUGGAAUACCAACUGAUUAUAAAGGACAAGUAAUAACCUUUUCAAGUAGUAAAGGUGAUCAAUUAGUACCGGGAUUAUUUGCAUGUGGUGAGACAGCGGCGCAUUCAGUACAUGGGGCAAAUCGACUUGGCGCUAAUUCUCUUCUUGAUACUGUUGUAUUUGGACGUGCUUGCGCUAAUAACAUAUUGGAACAAGCAAAAUCAACCAAUUCUAAAAUUCCGGAUUUACCGCUUGAUGCGGGCGAAGCUACGCUUGCUAACCUGGAUAAGAUGCGCUUUGCAAAAGGUGACAUUUAUACUGGUGCUUUACGAUUAAAAAUGCAAAAAACAAUGCAAAAACAUGCGGCUGUCUUUCGACGUGGCGAUAUUUUACAGGAAGGUAUCAAACAAAUGGAAAUUAUCUAUGGUGAACAAAAACAUCUGAAAACUGCUGAUCGUGGAUUAAUUUGGAAUUCGGAUCUAAUUGAAACAUUAGAGUUGCAAAAUUUAUUACUUUGUGCUAUGCAAACGAUCGUUGCAGCAGAAGCUCGGGAAGAAUCUAGAGGAGCUCAUGCUCGGGAUGAUUUUAAGCAACGAGUCGAUGAAUUUGAUUAUUCCAUGCCAUUAGCAGGACAAAUAAAAAACCACUUGAACAACAUUGGCGUAAACAUACAAUCAUUAAUCAAAAUCCGGAAACCGGAAAAGUUUGUUUCAUUGAGUUAUCGACCAGUAAUCGAUCAAACAUUGGAUGAGAAUGAAGUGGAAACUAUACCGCCAAUAAUUCGAAAAUACUAA